AUGCCACUAGAAUCAAUAUGGGCAGAUGUAGAGGAAGAAAAGCAAAUAACAAAGCCAUCCGCUACUGCCACUAAGCUUAGUUUUCCUCACAAAAACAAAGAUACAUAUCCGAAAAAUCAUACUCGAAAUAUUUCUUCGCCUACGAAGAACAAAAAACCAUCUCAUCAAAACAAUAACUCUUCCAGUAAGAAGAACACCAAGUCUGCUAAUAUUAAUAACAACAAGGACUGGUCAUCUUUACCAUUAAAGGAUCGUAUUGGACUGCCAUCCCCUCCACAUUCUUCUUCUUCUUCUUCCUCUUCGAAAGAAUCCAACUGUGCUGAUAAGAAGAAAAUGGAUUUAUUAAGGAAGAAAAUUGAAGAACAAAAGAUAAUCUUCCAAGAGAAGAAGAAAGCAACACAGCAAAAACUAUUAAAUGAUUUUCUUAACGAUGAUGGCACUAAUAGUAUAUUUGAUUCAUCUUCAAACUGGCUAGAUGAUGAUGAAGAAGAUGAAAUUAUUGAAAAGUUGAAAAAUACUUCAUUGAAAUUGUAA